AUGCGCGGGGCCUUCUCGGGGCUCUGCUUGGCGCAGCUGGCGGCGGCGCGCGUGAGGCUCUGUGCCAUCAUCCACUACCUUGUCCGCGGGCAGCUGGGCUGGUUCGGUCUGACGAUCGCCUGCGUGGUGCCCGGCUACGUGGCUCAGCUCCUCAGCAUCCUCUGGUUCAGGGCGGAUGGCCGCCCGCCCGGCUGCUGCCUCCUGGUGCUCCACCUCCUGCAGCUGGGCCUCUGGAAGCGGUACUGGGAUGUUCCGUGGAUGGUGACAAAGACAGGCGGCAGUGCUGGUGCUGGGGAGGUGCUGAUGCAGCACGGGGAUGUGUGUGUGCUGCAGCUCCUGGAAGCCCUGCUGCAGACCCUGCCUCACCUCCUGCUGCAGGCAUACAUUGUUGUGGCAGUCGACCCAGCGGGCUUCAUCCCUGGUGUCAGCGCAGGGCUGUCCCUGCUCCCUCUCUCCUGGGCUUUGGUCUCCUACAGCCGUUUCACCUGCCUGCUCAAACCUGGUCACCUCUGCCCACCGGCCGCAGCCAUCCUCUGCCUGCUGCUCUGGAGGACAGGGAUGCUGGGGACCAGGGUCCUGGCCCUGGUGCUCUUUGCCAGGCUCUAUUCCUUUGGGGUUUUUGAUGUGGCCGGUGUCCACUGAUUGCUGGUGUCCAUCUGGCUGGUGGCCCAGCAGACAGACAUCGUGGCCCAGUCCUGCCGCCGGGGGUUGUUCAAUUGCCUGGUGGGAGCCGUGUACAUAUUCUGCUACAUUAAUGUCCGGCCUGGCCCCUCCAAGCACAGGGUGGGUGUGUUUUAUGCAGUAAUGCUGAUGGAAAACACCCUCCUGCUGCUGUUGACCACUCGAUUCCUGCAGGCAGAGCUGAGGAACAGCCUGUGCGUGACUGGAGCUGUCAUGUCAGGGUCUGUAAUAGGUGCCGCAGCCCUGGUGGUGUAUUACAGCCUGCUCCAUCCCAAGUCCGCAGAGAUCUGCCAGGGCUUCCUGGAGAAAACCCGCAGUGCUGCAGCUGCCAGUGAUGAGGAGGUUGCUGGAGACAGCUCCCAGGAUGGGCAGAGCUUGGGAAUUUCUGGAGAUGGAGAGUCCUUGGGAGAGACAAGGACCAGGGCAGAUCCCCCGAAUGGGAACGGCUCAUCGCUCCUGCAAGUCAGAGGGUGUUUGGAGGACAGCUGGACAAACCAUCACCACUGGCUGCUGGUAAAGCUGGCCUUGAAGACAGGAGAUACAUCCAUGAUCAAUACAGCUUUUGGAGACGGUGUCAUGGGAGAGGUUUAUCCUGGCACAUGGAUGAUGGGGAAACCUGCCAGUGUUGAGCCUGAAGCAAACCUUUCCCUCCCCACAAGGGAAAUCGGUCCUGCGGGUGUUGAAUGGGAUCUGAGUGAUGGGAAAUCACAGGCAGUGGGGAAUGGAGGUGGCAGCAAACCCACCACCAGCACUGCGAGAACAGCACAGGAGGAUGGAGCAGGGCAGGAGCCUGGUUUUCCCCCAGCCAUAUCCUUUCCCAGCAUCUUCUCCCUGCAUCUGACCAAGGGCUCUUCUGUGUAUUACAGUGCAAGUGCAGGAGGCAUCACAUCACCCAGUGAGGGGACAGUCCCAGCUACAAGCAUGGCCCUGGUGCAAGGGGACAGCAAAGCCCAGCCUCCUCCAGGGUGCCUGGGAGAAGGAGGACAUGGAGAGGAUUUAUCCCUUGAGAUGGUGACCAUCAGCCCAAUACUGGGCACUUGUGCCCACAAGCAUCUGCAGCACAGCUCUACCCUCAGCAGCACAGGUGGCUGUGGGGUGGUGGAUCAGCCCAAAGAGUGUCAUUGCCUUUGGGGCACCCAUUGUGGCACACGGGGGACUGUUGCGAAGAGCAAGCUGAGGCCACGCUUCACUUCCACCCCCAAGGCUGACCCUGGGUGCCCACAGUGAGGGCUGGAGGAGAUGGGAGAGGGGAUGAACCAGUCUGGGUUGCUGGAUUGACCUUGUAAACUCCAUGCAUUGUCACCUUGGGUCAGCACUGGGGUGACUGCCACGGUGAUAGGGUACAGCAGGAGGCUGUGGUAUGUUAAUGCUGGCCAUGAAGACUGUCCCCAUGGUGCCCCUGGUGCUGCUGGGCAGAUGGGGUGCUCCAUCACUAGGACAUCACCUUACCUCCUGGUGCAUCUUCUACUUGCAGUUUUGGAGAUUCAAAGGUCCUGAAAAACCUUAAAAGUCCAGGUUUAGGUAUUUAUUAAACUUACUUAUGUACACUGCUAGGCAGCUAGAGCAUGAUGCCUUUGAUAUAUUUGUAGCAGUGCCUUGAAGCAUGUCCUUUAACAAGUGCCUAUACAAGCUGCUGGCCUAUCCCAGUGUGGAGAUCUGGUUGCUGCCUCCAGAGCCUUCAAUGCUGGCCAAAACAGGAGUCUUCUCAGGCCAAAUAAGUGUCUAAAGCAGAAAAAUUGACUUUUACUCUCAGAUUCCAUUUCUUAGGGGCAGAAUAGGCCCUAAAGUAAGGCUCAGCAGUGCUUGAUUUAAUUUUCCCUCAUCAUGUUCACCUUGUGAGCUUUACCAACUCCAUUUGCUGGAGCCAAAUAGGAUGGCAGACCCUCUUCAUGCUACAGACCACAGCCUCGGGAGCCUGAACUGUAGACAAAAGCCAUGUCCUGCUUUGCUCGCCUGCCACCACCCUGCUUCCUCAAGUGGCCUUUUUCUGCAGCUUCUUCCUUGCUGCAGAUAAUCCAGCUUUGUCUGGAUGCUCCCUCUUAACUUUAGCCUCAAGCCAAAUCUCAAAACACAUCUAUGUGCUCCUGCUCCUGUAAAAUCCCCAUUGCAGGCAGGGUUUAUUUAUAUCAGGAACCAAAGUCUGAUAUAUUCCUUAUUUAUAUCAGGAACUAAAGACCUCAACUGGGGUCUCAGAAAUAGCUCAUGCUUCCAGCUGGGCUGGCUGGACAAGGGUUUGUGCCCAGGGCAUGGCUUGACAUGUUGUAUAGGUCUGGUCAGCUGCUUCACCACCAAGCUCACGUGUACACAUCUGGCUGCGUCUUCCAGCUGUUGUCCUGCUGUGGGCAGGACACUGGUGGUGCCCCAGGGCAGACGAGGCAGCAGGAAGGACAGGCAUGCAAGGAAUUAUUAAAAUGAGCUUCCAUGUAACAGUCACAGCUCCAGACUG